GCCAACAUGACUAAACUGUUAUCUGCCCAGGAGGCUGCCAAGAUCUAUCACACCAACUACGUGAGGAACGCAAGGGCAGUCGGUAUGCUCUGGACGGUCUUCACCAUCUGCUUUGCCAUCAUCGGUAUGGUAGUGUUUAUACAGCCCUAUUGGAUUGGAGACAGCGUCGAUACGCCCCAGUCGGGUUACUUUGGCCUUUUUCACUACUGCAUCGGGAACCCCAUCACAGGAGAACUGGUGUGUAAAGGCAGUGCUUUGGACUUUGGAUCCAUCCCUUCUGGUGCAUUUAAAACAGCCAUGUUCUUCGUAGGCAUUUCUUUACUGCUGAUUGUGGGAACUAUCGUUUGUUUUAGUUUGUUCUUCUUCUGCAACUCGGGCAGUGUGUAUAAGAUAUGUGCAUGGAUGCAGCUCGCAGCUGCCACUUGUAUGGUUAUAGGUUGCAUGAUCUACCCAGACGGCUGGGACUCCGAGGAGGUGAAGCGCAUGUGCGGUCAACGGACUGAUAAAUACACGCUGGGUAACUGCACAGUGCGCUGGGCGUACAUCUUGGCUAUCAUCAGCAUCAUAGACUCCCUCACGUUAUCUUUUCUGGCUUUUGUGCUGGGCAACCGCCAAGACAAACUACUGCCAGAGGACUUUCAGGUCGGGGAGAAGAAAGAGGAAGCGUGA